AUGUUGCCGUUUGUCUCCCCAGGUGCUGAUCCAAAGUCGGUGGUCUGUGCUUUUUACAAGCAGGGGCAGUGUGGGAAAGGAGACAAGUGCAAGUUCUCCCAUGAUCUCAGCAAGGAGAGGAAGGGAGAGAAGAGGAGCAUGUACGAUGGUCAGGAUGAAAAGGCUGACAUGGAAACUUGGGAUGAGGCAAAAUUAGAGGAAGUCAUUGAAAAGAAACAUGGAGAGAAAAACAAAGGCUUACCUCCAACAUCGAUUAUUUGCAAAUAUUUCCUUGAAGCUGUUGAGAACAGCAAGUAUGGCUGGUUUUGGGAGUGCCCAAAUGGAGUUACCUGUCACUACAAGCAUGCACUACCACCAGGUUUUGUAUUGAAGAAGGAUAGGAAGAAAGAAGAAAAGGAAGAUCAAAUCACAAUAGAGGAACUUGUAGAGAAGGAGAGAGCAGCCCUGGGGGAUAACGUCACAAAGGUCACAUUAGAGACAUUCUUAGCUUGGAAGGAAAGGAAGAAAAAGGAAAAAGUAGAAAAGUUUAUGUCUGCCAAAGAGAAGAGAAAGGCAGAGUUUAAGGCAGGCAAGGCAUUUGGGGUCAGUGGCAGGGAACUGUUUGAGUUCAACCCAGACAUGAUUGUGGAUGAUGAUGAAGCUACAGAUGAUGUGUAUGAGAGGAAUGAUGAAGAGGAGGGUGGAGAAGAGGAAGAGGCCUAUGAUGGUCCUGUGAAGGAGAUUGACAUGGAGGAGAUAUCUAGGGUGGGGUAUGACACCAGCAGUAAAGGAACGGAAGCUUCGUCCAGAGAUAGGACAGGGGCACCUGUCACAUCACAGGAUGAUGAGGCCACAAAAUUAGCUCAAGCUGCUGCUUUACCCGAAACUAAUAGUAUGGAAAAGACUGAUCAUGCAAUAGCUGCAGCACUAUCUGCAACAGUCAAUGGAGACGUUUUAGCAGGGGAUGUGCCAAUAGAUGAAAACUUAUUUGAAGAGGAAGAUUUGGAUCUACUAGAAGAAGAUUUAGAAACUUUGGAUCUGGAUCAGUGACAAAAGCAAGUCAGAAGACUUUUUUUUUUCAACAUAUACCAUGACGAGUGUAAUAUUGAUGUAGCACUUGACAGAUGAAGAGGAAUGGAAACCUUAAUUAUGAGGUUUCCCUUAACUUCCUUUAAGAUAAAUAAUGUUAAUAAAAAAAACUGUGGAAACAGAAAGCUUAUUUUGUUAGUACUUCCAUGCAAAAAAUGUUGACUUUUUUUCCUGGCAUCAAGAUACAUUUAUACAAGUGUGCUGGUCGGCAGCAGCCAAAUGCGAACAGAGUAAUGGCAAUUAGUUCAGCAUUUGGUGGAGUUGUGAAGACUGAAAUCCUAUCAUUGCUAUUGUUGAAAUAAACCUUGAUUGAAGAUCAAUUUACCAAUAAAGUUCCAACUGUUUUGGCA